GUGAUUACUAUGCGCAUGGCAGAAAGGCUUGCGCUACUGCGCGUGCGCCAGAAAUCCCGCAUCUGGGUCCACUCAGUGAUGGGAGAUUGCACGGAAUCGUCUGCUACGGGAGACUUCGUGCGCAUGCGUGAGAUGACGUAGCAGCUCGAAUCCAAUGAUGGAUGUAGGUGCCACGUUAAGGGGUCACAGGGGUCCCGUGCAUGCACGAAGUAUCCAUUCCGAUAGUUUUCCCGUGUUUAUUCUGUGAUAGUGUUUGUGAUAAUACAUAUUGAUAAUAUAAAUCAAAGUCGUAAUAUCAACCCAUUUGCUUCGUUUACUGUUUCUAAUAAUAAUACAUUUGUGAACCAUGAUACUUACAUCAAAAUUUUUCCUCCCUAAAUUCGCUUUCAGAUUCAUUUUCAUGUUGGGAACCUUAUGCUACCACAUAAUAUGUACGUCAGUGAGGCUGCGCAGAAGUUUGCUCAAUGCGCGUGCGCGUGAAUUCCGUGCGAUCUCCCAUCACUGGGUCCACUGUCCACUGCUUGGCACUUGGCAGUUCCCGCACGAUCCGCACUUCCCGCUGGUUCCCGCCAAGCAGCUGAUCUCUGAAACCGGUUGUUCGAGCUGCGACAAGAGCCCUGUGUGAUGUGCACGUGAUUGCUUGCUUUUCGGAAAGUUAACUGAACUCCCUUCGUACGACAUUUGCGUUGUGAUAUCGGAGUUUACGAGUAAAGCGACGCGAGUCCUUUGGCAGCCGUUCUAGUUCCCCUAACCUUUCUGAAUUUUGUGGCUCAGGAUGAAACCGAUUACCGACGCCGCAACGACUACCGCUUCAGAGCAGGAUAAGGUUCGAAAAUGUUUGCACGAACUGCAGCCCUCGGCUGUUGAUAAAGAAACUUUAGUUGGCGCCGACAGAAUGAUCGCGUCUACUCAACAAACAAAAGAGGAAAAAUCUAAAAAAAAUAUACCUACAAAAAUGAAAAAGGUUUCUAAAAAGCAAAAGAAGGUGACGAUCAAUGACAAAGCUGUCCAAACUGCACCAGAGGAAAAGGCAGAAAUUGAGCCUGAAGAUUUAACAUGCACAGAUUUAGCUGACGUUAGCGAGAAUUACUGGCGGAUCCUGGCUGAAACGAGGCAAGUAGCCCUAAGUAAUGCUCUAGAAGAAAAGCAGGAACUCUUAGAGCAUAUCCAAAAAUUAGAAGAAGAAAAGCGGCUUUACAAAGAAAUGUUGGAUGAGACAAGGGCACUUGUUGAAGUGCUGCAGGAAAUGAUUGCAGAUGACGACAGAAACAAUAUAAAUAAUUCCUUAGAAGAUACUACUCUU